UAAUUUUUUGUUCGGUUCAUCCCUUCAUGAGAGUUGACUAUUCCAAGAUGGCUGCCGCGAGCGGAGUCGUUUCCGGUUUGGUCGAAAAAGUUACUUUCGUAGGAAAGCUCCCAACACUGGUAAAGGCAACAUCUGAUGAUGAGAGCCCAACUCCAGGAUAUCUGUAUCAGGAGAUCAACGCUAUGCUGCAUGAGUCCAGUAGCCAGUGUCAGCAGGUGCUAGACUACCUUGUGGACAGACUUAAGAAAGACUCCUUCCAUGUCAAGAUCAAGGUGUUACGUGUGAUGAAACACCUGAUAGAAAAUGGACCGCCAGAGUUCCAGCAGGGGUUAAGGAGGAGGUCAGAGGGCAUCAAGGCAGCUACAAGUUACAGUGGACCGGCUGACCCUCUACAUGGCCAUGCCCCUUAUGUGGUCGUGAGAAAAACUGCUACAGAAGUGUCGUCCAUCCUGUUUAACACAGAAAACUGUGAGCGGUCUCCCAACAGGCCCACAGCUUCAAACAACAGACCAAGUGUUCAGACUGGCAUUGGUAACUUACAGACCUCAGCUGGUAGAAUGCAGGGGUUUGGGAACACAGUAUCACAGAACACUAACAAAUCUUUAGGCACAACCAUCCUGUCCAACCUGAAGGGGUGGACUGAGGGCGUGUCAGGCUCCAACAACAAUCAGUAUCAGCCAAUCGGAGGGCAGCCCCUCCCACCCCACAGCUCUGGUGCCUUGGUGGGUGGGUACAAGCCAGCGAUGAUUGACACCUCCGUGGGACAGCAGUACUCUCCUCAAGUCUCUCCUCAGAGGAAAUCAUACCACACUGCUGGGAAAGCUGGUGGGGGAUGGGAGGAUGCUACUUCCAAGCAUUUCCAUGGCAACAACACACAUAGCAAAUCUGACAACAGUGGAGACAGCACAGAGCUGUCAGAGAGGUUAGAGACAGUGUCGGUAGAAGACAGGACCCAGGAGACCCAGCUGGUAACAGACUACACCAGCUGUCAGGCACAGUCUACACGACCCCCCAGUAGGGAGGAGCUGCAACAGUUUAUUAAAAGGUGCUCAGCGCUGAACUGUGAUGUGAUUUUACAGCUGCUGAAUGACAAACUCAGUCACUCCGAUCCCCAGGUGCAGCUGAAGAUCCUGUUUGUACUGGAACACCUGAUGAAGACUGACCUGGUGACAACAGAGCAGCUGUUAGAACUGUUCAGUCCCACACUGGAGACCCUCAGUACAGGAGGGCAGGGGGCACAGCAGGCGAAAGCCACCAAGAUCCUCCGGCAACUGACAUUCCAACCACCACCACCACUAUUGCAAAAGACAGAGGACAAUCAGACAUCUGCAGCCUUAAAUACCAGGGGAAAAGUUGAAGUCCCUGACAGGUCAAAUUUUCAAACCUCCCUCUUCUCUGGGAUGACACUGCAGACUGGUGUAGGAAAACAGCUGGUAAACAUCGAGACAAAUACAUCAGGUGAAAACACAGUUACUACAACUCUGUUAGAAAACCAAGAUUUGAAACGUACACACAGUGACUUCCAAGAAGAUAUUCAACUUCAAAUGUCUUCCUCAAUGGGAACUAAGAGCUUACAUCUGCAAGACUUGUUAUUUCUGGAUGUCUCGGAUCAAAGUGAAAGAACAGAAGAGAAAGGUCAGCAUAACAACAAUGUACCUAUCCUCAACACAGUGCAAGAAAACACAGUCGUACAAGAACCCUAUUCUGGUCAAUACGGGGAACAAAGCAAGGAAGGGAACUCUAGUGAAGCGGUACUGAAAGACAGUGGUGUAGUUGAACUUGAAGAACACCUUAUGUCAGGAAGUUCAGUUAAUAGAUCACCAAGUCAACCUGCUAGUCUGUCUCAUGUGGAGCAAAAGGUAGAUUCAGAGGCUGGAAAUUCAGUCAGUAAUUUCACAUUUCUAGACAGAACACUACCUACUGACAAGCGUAACAACCUAAACCAGAAUGGCACAGUUGGAAAUAGUGGCAUGGCUGGGAAGGCAGGUGGUAGGGAACAGAUUAGUAAUGCCCCCUUGAGUCAGAAGAAGAGAACUGCAGGUCGUAAUAAUGACCCUUUCAACUUUGUGCAAGAUGCGAUGCAAGCUUGCAAAAAAUAAUGUACUGGGGUAAAAGACUUACAUUCUAAUGUUGUGUUAUUUUUUUACCAUGCAUACAUGUACCAGUUAUGUGGACUUGUAACUUAUAACUAUAUAAAUUCUAUUUGUCAGUGCUUCCAUUUAAAAAACUAUAUCAAGUCUUGCCUGCCUUACCAUUUUAUUUUGUUGUGAAAAUGGCGAGACCCAUAUUAUAAUCUACAUGUUGGACUUAACCAGGUAAAGUACUUGAAUAGAAAUUAAAACCUGAAGACUUGUUUCAGGGUAGGUUGUGGAAUUGACAUUUAUAUUAAGUGCAAUCAUCUUUUGAGUCAGAUUUCUGUACAAAUGACAUUAUGAUAUUACAUGAAUAUAUCAACAA